UUUCAGGAAGUAGCAGCACUAGCAGGCUGUUACAGCGAAACCAUCCGGAUUCAGGAACUGUGUAGAAGACACUGAUUAUGAUUAGCCUAGUCGAAAUGCUGUUUAUGUUUAAUGUUAUGCUUCUUAUAGAGUGUUGACAUGGUUUUAUAAGACAGCGUUUUUUUGCUAAAUAAGUGCUGUUAGCCAGGAAACACAUUUUCGUUGUCAGUUAUUAGUGUCACUUUGUUACAUGACAUCUUAAAAUCAUGGCACCAAAGAAAUACACAUUACCCCGUCCACUUCCAGAAGGAUGCAUUUUAACAGAUUCCGAAAAGAAGAGUUGGCGCAUCGGUAAAAUCAUUGGAAAAGGUGGUUUUGGACUGAUUUACUUGGCCUCUCGGGAUGUGAAUGUCCCUGUUCGUGAUGACACUGAUUUUGUGAUCAAAGUGGAAUAUCAUGAAAAUGGACCUUUAUUCUCAGAAUUGAAAUUUUACCAAAGAGCAGCAAAAGCAGAUACUAUGAACAAAUGGAAGAAGUCCAAACAGCUGGAGUUUUUGGGGAUUCCAACUUACUGGGGGUCUGGACUGACUGAAAGUAACGGAACAAGGUACAGGUUUAUGGUUAUGGACCGGCUGGGUACAGACCUGCACAAGGUGUUUAUGGAGAAUGGUGGACCUUUGAAGAAGCCCACUGUGCUACAGUUGGGUGUUCUCAUGCUGGAUGUGCUGGAAUAUAUUCAUGACAAUGAGUACGUCCAUGCUGACAUUAAGGCUGCCAAUCUGUUAUUGGGACAGAAAGAUCCAAGCAAGGUGUACUUGGCUGACUAUGGACUCUCAUACAGAUACUGUCCUAAUGGUGAGCAUAAAGAGUACAAAGAGAAUCCCAAGAAAGGACACAAUGGCACUAUUGAGUACACAAGCAUUGACGCUCACAAAGGAGUAGCCCCAUCCAGACGAGGAGACUUGGAGGUGUUGGGCUACUGCUUGCUUCACUGGCAGUGUGGAACUCUGCCCUGGCUCUCAUCUCUUAGGAACCCAGCUGAGGUCCAGGAGGCCAAGGCCAAGCUGAUGUCUAACCUGCCAGAUUCUGUCCUGAUCAUGUCCACUUCCGGCUCCAGCACGGAGAUUGCCAGGUACCUGUCCAUUGUGAAAAACCUUGGCUACAAUGAAAAGCCAGACUACCAGGCCCUCAGGAAGAUUCUGUCAGUGGCCGGGCCGCAAGGCCCAUUGGACCUCUCUAGGCCGAGACCGUCGGAGACAGCCAGACCAGCCACACAAAGGGCUGCAAGCCAGCCCAAGACUACUGAGAAAAAAACUGCAAGAUCAAAGCCUGCUGAUGAAGCGAAAGAUGAUGAGGAAGAGGUGGGCAGGUCAACACCAAACAAAGUUUCGAGCAAGACAAAACGAGAGACACACAAACAGAGACCGAACAAAGCAGACAUGGCUACUAAAGGAAGCGCAAGACAAAGGCCUAUGCUUUAUGAAAGUGACGAGGAUAUCAGUGAUGAAGAUGAGCCCCUCCCACCACGAGUUCAUCCCAGAACUAGAGCAGGAGCCAGGCAGAGACAGGAACUUGAACAAGAAAAGAGGAACACAGAUGUUUAUGAGGGCAAGACCUGGAUGACCAUAAGGGGAAGACGAAAGCAUCACUACGAGAACCAUCAAACACAUACUCUGAGACUAAAUGAUGACCAUACAGGACACAGCUGGAAUCAGAACCAGUGGGAAGAAACUGAUGAAGGAAACCACUGUGGAAGUGAUGUUUGUGGGCAGGGAGGUGAAUGGACUUGGUACCAUUACAGAGAAGGAGAUGGUUUUGGGAAAUCAGAAAAUCAGGGUCAAUGGCCAAUCAAAAGAAUGUUGAUCUUCCUUGUUGUCAUGAUACUGACUGUUAUUGGUUGUUUGUAUUACGGUCACUGGAGCCGUAACACUACAUGACUUGUUAAGUAUUUCCUGUGAUCAUUUUCACAGUGAUGGGCUGAAAAAAAAGGAAA